AUGUCCGGCACACCCGACAUGCACUCCAACUGGGCCGACAUGAGCCCGCUCGACGGAGACACCGAGAAGAUGCUCAACUCUUUCUUGGCAGACCUUCCUAGUCAGACGCACGAUACCAGCGCCUCGCACACCCAAAACAGCGCCCCGGCUUGGCCAGGCUCCGUUCACCGCUCCCUCAGCGACAAUGCUCCUUUCUUCGGCCUUUCGCCUUCGCUCCCAUUGGGUAUCUCACCAGGCCUCGCCAAUUUCUAUCACGACUCCAACGACCCGGCCAAGUCCGACAAUACCUGGUCGUUCCCCUCUGAAAUGACGGGCGAUCCCGCAGGUUCGAGUGCCUCCAGCAUGUACACCAUGGCGUCUCUCUCCAUGCCUCCCUCCCUUCCCACUGGCAGUGCUGAUACGCCCUCAGACGCAACAAGCCUCCGAGCCGACAUGGUCCAUCCUCUUGGCACCGUACCGUCCAGCACGUCUUGCAUUGAAGACGUCGUGGACCUCGGCCGUGCGACCAAGGACACUGUUUCGACGCCUCAACUCUCCCCUGCCAGCCUCGGAUCGCAUCCCUCGCCCCUCUUGCCUAACAACACGCUGACCGGCUACCACACCAACAUCGCCACCGAUCACGCACAGCAUCUCGCCGACCUGGUCAAGACCAGCACGCUCCUCAAUGCCGGCCAUCCCGGUCCUCGAUCACUCGCAUCCAGCCUAAGCCGCUCCGUCCUCAACGUCGAUGCCAUCGGUAGGCCCGACGCUGUGUCUGAGCCUUCUACCUCGCUGCAUGCACAAACAAAGGGUCUCACCAUUCAACAGAGACGUCGUCUGAGCCACAUCGGACAAUCGAACACAGCUGCACUCAGCGAAGCCAAUGCGCAGCAAACGAGCUCAACCGUCGCGCCACCAACUGUCUCAGGCCGCAGUCGCCAGAAGUCGGCACCGGAUCCGAUCCUGCCCCCUCUUGGCUCCUCGCCCGAGAUGCCCAGGACGCCACUGCAAAAGCCCCGUCGCGCUCCUCGCGCCUCCAUCAGCGGCCUCGAGUCCACCGCUCCAUGGGCAGCGGCUGGUCUGGCCCCUGCCGCCGACAACGCAGACACCUGGAGCGACGCCGUGGUCACCAACUCGCACGACCUCGUCUUUGUCCUUUCGUUGAAGGGCACUGUGCUCUACAUGUCGCCUUCCGUGCAGCGCAUCCUCGGUUUCCAUCCCGAGGAGAUCAUCGGCCGUCCUCUCGUCGACUUUAGUCAUCCGGCCGACGUGGGUCCGUUUUCGCGCGAGCUCAAAGAGGCCAUCACGCUGCCCAAUGGCGACGACGAAGGCUCGGACUGCGAAAACACCACGGCGGUCAAGGCUCAUCGACGUGUCGACCUCAUCAUGCGCAUGGCGUGCAAGGACGGCACGUUCAGUCUCAUCGAGACCACCGGUCGUGUCUCGGUCGACCCGCCCAAGCAUCGAAAGGUGGUUGUGUGCUCGGGUCGACCGCACCCCAUUCCGAUGCUGCCAUGGAAUGAUGUGCGCCAGGACCUGCUCACCUCGGAGCUCUCGGCCUGGCUCAAGAUCUCGCACAACGGCAUCUUCCUCGGCGCCACCGGUCCAAUCCAUCAGAUUCUCGGCAUCGAAGAUAUCAACCUGCUUGGUAGGCACGUGCGUGACCUGCCCAUGGUGACGAGCUCGUCAGAUCUGCUCGAUGCGCUCCGCUCCGGCCGCUGUAUUUCGGUGCAGGAUCACUACGAAGAUCCCGGCACAGCGCAAAAGGCUCCGGUCAAACUCACCGUCUAUCCGUGGACCUCCAAUGGUCGAUCGCACUCGGUCUCGUUUGUCCACGUUCAGCAGCAGCCGCACUUGCCCGAUACGGCCACACACACACGUUCGCAGUCCAAGUCGCCCGUCUCGACUGCUUCCACUGUGCCGGCCAAGCGCAAGGCAUCGGAGCGCGAGCCGGGCGAACAGCAGGACGGCAGCGGCUCGCUCAGCGGCUCGGCAUUCCAGGCGAAUGGCACGUCGGUGCCCGUCAUGACGGCUAACGAUGCGGCGUCGACCGUGUUUUCGGAGCUUACGGGCUUCCACAGCGGCUCGUGGCUCAUCGAGAUGCAGAAGCUGCACAAUGCCAAUCGCAGGCUGCGCCACGAACUCACGGCGCUGCGCAAAAGGUCGUCGCAUGCCUCGACCGAGAUGCACGUCGUCGCGUGCUAA